UCACGAGGUUCGCAACGAACUUCGAAAUGCUGGAGUCGCUAAAGAGAGGGAGGACUUCACUCGAGUUGUGCGUCGGCAACGUGGCAUGGGUUGAGAAGUUGGUGAGGGCUGAGCAGGUGGAGGCAUUCAACGUUGUCACGCGCACCAUAGUGGAUAGUGGCUUUUGGGACGAGGUCGACAGAGCAAUCGCUGUCAUGGAGCCCGUGGUCAAGUUGCUGCGUUUGGUGGACGGUCCCGGAGCUACUGUCAGCAACGAGUACUUCGGCAUGGACGAGAUCGUCGCACAGAUGCGGAUCCUCGACUGUUUGACGGAGGACGAGAAGUUAGCGGUGGAGAACAUUCUCAUGGACCGAGAGACGGAGGACAACAACAUUCCUUGGAAGGACAAUGACCUUGCGAAGACGGAGGUGGAGGAGUGGUACAAAGACUGGACAAGGCAGGUCAUUGAUGGAAGAGCCGCUGGUGCAGCCGCGACGGAGGUUGCAGAUGAAGAUGAUGAAGAUGGCCCUUUGGUGCGCACGUGGCAAAAGAACGACGCGGGGGACGACCUUGCGGACGAGGAGGAUGACAUCGCCCUGCUUGGCUCAGUGCAACGCACCUGGCAUGCGAACACGAAGCCGCGGAAGCACCGAGUCCCAACACCCGAGCCCGAUGAAGCAGGGGCAACGCGCAAGGGGAAGAGUAAGGAAGGAGGCAAUCAAGUCGCGCCGCCGAAAAGGAAGAGGGGGCGGCCUCCUCUUUCACCUGCAAAGAAGGCUACGAAUGCUGCAGCGAAGGUUGCGAAGAAGGCCGCAGAAGAUGAAGAGGCUGCAGCCAAGGCAGCAAAAGGAUCCGGUGCAGCAGAUGCAAGGCCGAAGAGGAAGCAUGCGCGCCGGGGCAUGGAGGAUGACGAUGACAAUCUGCAAUCGUCUUCAUCGUCAUCUUCCUCCGAAGAAAGAGCCCAAUCGUCAUCAUCCUCGUCAUCAUCGGAGGAGGCUUCCGAGGAUGAGCAGUCGCAGGAGGAGUCUGGCGGGGAGCACGAGUCAGGGGAGGAGGCACAGUAGACCGCACAAUCCGCACAUCACGUAGAUACAGUCGAGUGUCCAGUGGACGAUCAGUCACAGUA